AUGGCAUUUCAUCGACCACAUCCUAAGAGAAUAUCUCAUGAACCAGUAUCUAAUCGAGAAUUGGAAUUGGAGCAGGUAAAUCAAGCUUUAAGAGAUGAGUUAUCUAACGAAGUUUCAAUCAAUAAGUCAAAUGAGAAAUACAUAAAUGAGCUAGAGCACAAAUAUACCCAGUGUGAGAAAGAAAUCCAAUCCCUCAAUAAAGAACUGGAAUGGCUUGAUAAUGCUUUGGAGGAAGAAAAGGCGGAGUUGAGAUCGGAGAUAGCGUCCCUUAAAAGAAGCUUAUAUCAAGCUAAAAAGGAAAUCCGAGAUAAGGUAUCCUAUACUGAUAUUAUAGAGAAGCAAUUACAAGAAUCAGAAGAGCGGGUUCAAAAUCUAAGGCUUAGAUUCAAAAUUAUUUCUUCAAGAAGAAGCUCUCCUAUCUUAUAUAAUUCAGAAGAAGAUACAGAUAUGGCACAUAUAGACCCCUUUAUAAAUAUCACUAGAGGAUUAAAUCGCCUUGAAAACCAUUUCACGGGGGGUACACCCUUAAUUAAUCCUGUCAAUAUUAUCCAAGGUAUGUAUGGCACUUUAAAUACUAUUUGGGCUAAUUAUCAAAGAAUAGACCAGGAUUUAGAUGAUGUUACAAAUCAACGAGAUGCUCGAGAUGCGCAAAUAGUACAAUUACAGCAAGAUGUCAAUCAUUUUAGACAGCAAAAUAUUGCUUUACAAAAUCAUGUUAACCAACUUACACUAGAGCGUAACAAUUCUCAGAAUGAUCUUGCUUUGAUGACUACAGCUUAUUAUAAUGAACGGGAAGAACGUCAACAUUGGUGGAGGGUAGCUAAACAAUUGGAAAAAGGAAUGCAGAUGCGGAUUAAUACUUUAUUACUUGAUAAGCUUGCACUUAAUUUUAAACUCCGGAGGUGUCAAAGACAUGGACAAGAACCACCAGAUGACUAUUGUAAUAAAAUACAACAAGCAAUUGCUUAUGCAGAUACAAUGAUUGCUGAUGCUAAUAAUACAAAUGCCAAUACUUUUACAAAUGCCCAUAAAGCAGAUAUCUAUAAAUCAAAAAUGGCGGGUAAAUAUGUUCCAGUUCCUGCGCAAUAUCCAAAUGGAACAGAUAUUGAUACACCUGAUAGAUUCAAAGCUUGGAUUAGAUUUAAAUAUCACGAAUUAACUGUAGGAACUGCAACUGUUGGGGAGGACUUGAAUAAUUCAGGAAUGACCCUUUGUCGAACCAGCUCAUCUACAAAAACAGAUGACAUUUUAAAUCUAUCUUUGGUCUCUUCAUCCCUAAUUAGCACACCCUCAGCUGUUAAGAAUUCUGCUAAAUUUCUUUCUUCAUUGUCAACAAUCUGUACUAAAUCAAAGAAUCCUAUGAAUGUAGAUCGAAUAAGUUGCAUGGCUUUCCUGGCUUUAUCCUUGGAUCAUUUAGAAACUAUUGCUAUGAGAUUAGGUUAUCCAGAUGAUGAAUCACAAAAUCCUGAUGAUUUAGCAAAUUUUAUUGAAUAUGAAUUAUAUAAUAGAUUAGGUUAUGAAAAUUAUAAUCUUAGAAAAGAGCCUUUUGGCAGUAGACGAAAUUCUCCUGUCAUAGAAAAAACCAAUGUCCUAAACCAAAGAAAAGACCUACUAAAAAGACUAAUUACGCAAUAA